AUGGACGACAUUAAGAAAGACACCAUGAUGCCGGACGACCACUACAGCUCCAAACAGGAGAAAAGGGGAAGAAUCAGAGAGACGGAGCGAUUCUUUAAAGGGGCUGACAAAGAUGGCGGCGGGGCUCUGGGCGAGAUGGCGUUCAUAAGCGCCACGGGUCCAUGGGAGGAGGAGCUGAGAGCCUUGCACAUGCCGAUAGACGCCAACUGCGACGGAACCGUGGACUUCAAUGAGCUGCUGGACUUUGAACUGGGGAAACACUUUGCCGCCAAGAACCGGUCCUUUGACAACGUGUUUCCUUUGCCGAUUAAGAUAGUGGACGGCGGGCACCAGAACAAAAUCGUCAAAAUCGUGGCGAGGCUAUUGGAGAAGCCGGAGAAAAACAACAACAAAACAGGGUUCUACAUUUCAUUUGUCGACCCUCAGCUCCCUCAGGCUGAGGACCAGAACCUCCCUCAGGCUGAGGACCAGAACCUCCCUCAGGCUGAGGACCAGAACGUCCCUCAGGCUGAGGACCAGAACCUCCCUCAGGCUGAGGACCAGAACCUCCCUCAGGCUGAGGACCAGAACCUCCCUCAGGCUGAGGACCAGAACCUCCCUCAGGCUGAGGACCAGAACCUCCCUCAGGCUGAGGACUAG